AUGCUGGUGUUUGGGAUGUAUUCGAAGGCCAUGGUUUUCAAGUGCGCUCUCGGGCUUCAGACCCAAAGGUCUGUGCAGGACGGACCAGGAGCCUCCGGAGUUGCUUUCGGAGCCCUUUCAGAGCUGGGACCUUGCCUCUUCGCAGGUUCUGUGAGCCCCAAAGAUGGCUAUGCCUCUACCACACUCAAUCCAUAUGCCUGGAAUGCAAACGCAACCGUCAUCUUUGUCGACCAGCCUCUAGCAGUCGGCUUCUCCUAUGGGCAGCGAAACAUCACCCAUUUAAAGGACGCUAUGGAUGAUCUGUAUGCCUUCCUAGAACGUGUUUUUGCAGCGCGGCCGGACUGGGGUGACCGAGACUUCUACGUGGCUGGCGAGAGCUACGGGGGCAGUUAUGUGCCUGCGAUUGCCUAUAAGAUUCAAACCAUGCGUCAGUCAUCAAUGAGUAAGUUGGUGGCUGGCACUUCAAAUCGCACUCUAAGCAGGAUCAACUUGAGGGGAAUAAUGGUUGGCAACGGGGUCAUCGAUGACAUGCUCCAGCGAAAAGGCACCUUUGAAAUGGGUUGCCUUGAAGACCAUGGACAAGGCCAUAUACUCAACCAGUCUCAAUGCAAGCAGGUUUCCCAAGCGGCUGUUCACUGCCAGAGAGCGACGGAGAUAUGCAGGGCCAGCGACUACGACCUUGCCGUCUGCCGAGUUUCCGAGUCUUUCUGCAUGCAGAACGGGUGGAUGCUUAUCAGGGAUACGCCGUGGAACCCGUAUGACGUACGCAUCAAUUGCACUAUGGAGCCCAGCCUGUGCGAAUAUCCGACCCCGGGCCUUGUUGAGUGGCUCGACAGUUCCACGGUGCGGCUCGCCCUCGGGGCCGACGAUGACUGCAGGAAGUUCAUUGGGAUCAACUUCCCUAUGAACAUCAUCUUUGACAAGAAUGGCGAGACCACACGGCCGUCUCACCCCUGGGUCACCAGCCUCUUGGAUCAGGGCAUCCGGGUGCUCAUAUAUGCUGGCAAUACCGACUGGCUAUGCACAGCUGCCGGCAUGCGUCAUCUAGUCGAUGGGUUGUCCUGGCAUGGCAGUGCUUCGUUUCAGGCUAGGCCUUUCCUCCCCCUCCGCCGUGAGAACAUUGGGUUGCAGCAAGACAAGGAGCGCCGCGUUGGUUACUACAAGCAGCAUUCGUCCUUGACCUUUGUUGAGGUUGACAACGCAGGCCACUUUGUGCCGGCGGAACAGCCCGAGGUUGCUCUGGCCAUGAUAAACCGCUGGAUUGCUAGAGAGAUAGGCUAG